GUGCAGAGGAUCUGACAUGGCUAUGUUAUCGAGAACUUCUGCAGUUUUCUUAUUGUUUUUCCUCUCUCAAAUGCCGUACAUGUUGGCUUUAUCUCUUUCUAGGCACUACGCCCAGUUCGCACAGCAAUUUGGUCUGCCAUCAACACUUCCAAAUAUAUCUUUAGCGAGCGCUGGAGUUUCCGAGGAAUGUUCCGAUGCCGUGACAAAGCUGAACGCUUCAACGCUUGCUUAUUGUGAGUAUGAAAGAGUCUUUUUUAAAAUGGAGUUAUUCGUAAAAAGUAAACGGAACUUUUCUGCCGUUUAUACGGGAAAACGGAUUACAUUUUUCCCUUCAUACAACGCAGGAUUAACUUGAAAAUGCUACAAAAAAGGACAAAUUAAAAAAAAUACUUGAAAACACAAAAAAUGGAUGGUGGCGGGGGACUAAAACGCUGUCCUUACCACAGCUAAGAAACACACCUCUUUUCAAUCAAAUUAUUAUUCCACCAUUGUGUGGCCAUGAGGUUUCACACGUGAAUCCUAAAGUUUCUGACAUUUUCAGCUCUACCCACCGGACUUCGUCACAAUAUUUCCUAAACAAUAUUAAAAAAAAAGAGAUAAUUCUCGCAAAUUUUCAUUCUACACCGUAAUAAAAGUUACCUGUAUUUUCCAGACCUAGAUGCUAUUGGUAAACCUUCAAGUGGAAUGCUGUUGAAAAAUUUCGCCAUGAUAGGAUCAUACAGUGAAUGUACAAAGACCAUAGUUGACGCCCACUAUUGCGCGGCUUUCCUUUCAAUAUCACAGCUUAAUGUGACUGGGGUAGGUGGUUAUCGUUGCAAAUCAUUUAAGUGAAGAUAAGAUAUCAUUGAGAGUAAACUGUAAGCACUCUUAUUAACAUUUCUAUUUAAACAGAAAUUAAAAAAAUCGGUUCAAAAUAGGGUUUCACUUUAUUAAAUAUUCCGAGUAGAGAUUCAUAAGAGAUGGAUUGUUCCCGCCAUUAUGGGUCAAGUGAUAGCGUCAUUAAACGGAGUUAACUUUUAACCUUCAAAUUUUGUGUCUCUAUUCGGUUAUUAUUAUCAUUAUUACUACUACUAGCAACUUCGCUUGAAUGCUAAGGACUGGCAAGGGAGGAGGAGAUCGGAGUUUUUUUUGUUAUGUCAAAAUAUAAUUUCAUGAUCCCUCCUUUAUACUCUCUUACCAACGACUAACUCACUUCCGUUUUUCCCUGUCAAAAUAUAAUUUCAUGAUCCCUCCUUUAUACUCUCUUACCAACGACUAACUCACUUCCGUUUUGCCCUAAAACCAUGUGACCUCGCCUAGUUCCUCCAAGCCUCCUACCAGUCGAUUAAUAAUGAACUACCAAUUUUAGUUAACAAACAGAUUCCAAGUUGCCGUGCGUCUGUUCAGUAAUAGAUCACAGAUGACGUCAAAAUGUGGUAAGAACAAAAAAGUGGUACACGAGGUGCAGCCGGGUGUGUUACUGAUGUUCUUACCACAUUUUGACAUCCUCUCUGAUCUAUUACUGAACAGACGCACGGCAACUUGGAAUCUAUUUGUUUUAUAUAAUAAAGAAUUAAAAAAGGUUUUAAUGAUGACGUCAUCUAUUCGUUUGUCCUCCAAUGGAUCAUAAGUGAGAACCAAUCGGAAUGCGCGCAUAACUGAGCCUAUUAUAUAAAUAUAAUUAACUCUAAGGGAUUGCCAUACAUAGUUGAGACACAUACAGAUUUGAUUUUUAGUGAAUUUAACCAACUUUCUUAUUGUUUGUUGUUGUUGUUUAAUCUCGCCACAGGUACCCGUUAUUCCUUUGGGGCUACAUCAACUCUCUUUUCCUUGGGGUCUCUGUGUACCAAAAAGUUGCGAUGAACAAGAUGUGGUUCAUGCUCUACAAUACCUCUUUCAACAAAUAGGUACAAUUUUUUUUUACCGUAGCGACCGGUCAUUAUUUAUGUGAGGGGGGGGGGGGGGGGAAGGAGGAGGGAAAGAUUAAAAUUUCUGUAAGUCCCCCAUCCAGGCCAUGUAGAUAGCUUGUGACCCCUCUUCUUUAUUCAAUUUACGUGAUGAGCCCCUUCCCUCCUCUUAUAUGCCUGGUAAUUAUUUAAGUUCAUGUCACAUAUAACCAUAAGAUAGUAAGUUUGAAUGACACCUACCUUGGGCAAUGGACCGCCUUUAAAAUGUACCUCAAACUGCUGUCCCCCCCCCUAAACUUCUUUAUGAAAAGUUUUAGCUCCCCUUCUAGCCAAUCUGAAAUAGCCUUGACGCCUUUUUUUUCCCUUUCCCCUCUCUACAUAGCAACACUGUAACGCCACAAAUUCCAAUGUUCCUUAACAUUUUUCUGUUUAACGUAAUGAUUCGACUUAGCACCCUUCUUCCAAAAUGCACCCACUCUCCAUUAUGCGUCACCCACAAAUUUUUUUCAUUGAAAAGCGCCCCUAUUCUAAUGAGCACCCCUAUUCUGUUUUAGUAAUAACACUGUUAGAGUACAUAGACAUUAAGAUCAAUUGUUUACCAUAAGCUUCACAACAAAAAAGUUUUUUUGACUCAACCACUCAACUAUUAUGUCGCCGUAAGUGUACACAGUUCCUUCAAACGAAAGAUCUCGCCGAAAGAUGUUACGACGAUUACUUAGCUGGUCGUUCUUGUAAGAAAGGCUUGAGGGAAAAUCAGUCCGUUUCACAACUCUGUAACUCAACCUCUGGCCUUUUCUAGAUUCCCCAAAGUUCACCUUGAAGCCAUACGCCGUGGAUGAAAAGGAACAGUAUGUUUACUGCAACAAAAAGUCUGAAUAUACAACUGGCGUUAUCAUCACUUUGUGAGUAUAUUUAUUAAUAACAAGCGGCUCCACUGUUUGCUUUACUGCUGAACCAAUUUCAGGAUGUUAGGAAUCUUGAUAUAUAAACUGUUCAAUGUCAAUGUUAUUACGCUAGAUGCGUCAAAUUCGAAUGCAGUAACUGAUUUCUAUCUUUUUAAGCCUACAUAUACACAUCGAAUGCUUGAAUAGUUCUAAGAUGACGUCAAAGUCGCUUCCUAUUCAAAUUUGUUGAAUAAGCUGAAUUAUACGCGAAAGAACAUCAACGAUACACUCGGCUGCGUCUGGUGUGCUACCUUUGUGUUCAUACCACUUUCACGUCAUCUCGGUAUGUUCUGUAACUGAACAGACCGACGGCAACAAGGGAUCUCUCCGUUAAAUUAUUAACAUCUCAAGUAAAAAGUUCACAUCCAGAGUGCUGACCGCCUCAAUGCAUUUUUUGCCUUGUUUGUUACACCUUGUUACUCUGCAAUACGAAUCAUGAUCAGAUUCACAUCUAUCUACUUCUCCUCGGAACGAGUGACAAGAAGGGAGUAACAUUUACCGUUGUUUGCAUAAACGCAUGAUGUUAAUCGAGGGGACAGACAGAAGUUUUUACUUUUAAGAACUGCUAUUGGCGGAAAAGCCUACAAUACGAAAUAUCAAGGACCUUCCGCUUCCGCUAAGAAUCACUCUUACAUGAGAUAAUUUAACGAAACUGAUUCGCUUAUUAAAAAACAUGGCGAGGCUGGUAUUUAAAAUAAAAUAUUUUUCUCAGAUAUUUUCGAUCUCUUUAUGAUGAUGGUUAGAAAUUAUACUUCGAGAAGCAUCGAAAUCAUCGUCGCCAUUAGAAUAUUGCAUACCCUGUAAACUGCAUUGCAAUAUAUUCUCUCCGAUAUGUUGUGGUUUACUUUUGUUAAGGAAGGCGAUUCUCAAUUUUACGCCCACAGGGUCCCAAAGUUGGAAGUCACAGGAAUUGAUGAUAAUUGAAUUUAACGCAAAUUUGAAGACAGUUUUAAAGCACAAAGGGUGAUUUUUGGAAGCUCAAAAUGCGGCAAGAGCCAUAAUCUAUAUAUGCUUGUUAGUGGAGGGGAUGAGAAUUACAUUGUUUCUGUAACAUACUGCUGUUUUUAUAAAGGUGUAAUUUUUUCAACAGGGCUGUUUGUGGUUUCAUUUUGUUCCUAUGCCUUCUGGGUACAAUCGUCGACUGUAUUCUGAGCUUUCUGGAGCCACAUCCCGCACAUGUCAGCAAGAGUGAUAGCCCUUUUUCAGAUAAAGAGAGACUCACAGCUACAGAUCACGAUAACGUCCCCAGUAAUCAAAAAAGUGAUCACGUGACCGCAGAGAAAAUCCCUCUUCUUGAAAGUUCCUCUCACGUGAAAUCAGGUCCCAGGACGACUCUGUCAAUCGAGCAAACGCGUAGAGUAAGGCAGCGUAAGUACACCAUAAUCUGAUGUAUUGCAGUAUGUAAGAAGAACACACCCUGAUUAAUGUUACACGAGAAGGGCUUCAACUAGUUGAACUACAAACCAUCAAACGCUUAAAAAGUAGGCGAAAAAGUUAAAAUUUUUCACGGUCAAUCAGGAAUUUGAACAGCCCUCAAAUGGCGCAGCUCUCUCCUUGAGUGGAAUUUCGUAUCGUCACCUGACAUGGCAUCCUACCAUUUGAUAUAUGCUUUGACUAUCUAUUGCAUUCACUUUUGGUUGGCUUUUUAUAAUUUCCUGUCUGUACUUGAGCUAAAUGGCCCAUCUAACUGGAGUUUCAGGGACGUAGCCAAGAUUUUUUAAGGAAGGGUCACACUGUGUCAAGUAGAGGAUACUCAACAAAGUUUUCAUAUCCACUUCCACGCCGUGUUUUAUUUGAUGUAACAAAAAAGGCUCACAAAGAAAGAGGGGGUCACGGACAUCCCAGGACCCCACCCUAACUACACCUUUGAGCUUAUCCCGCUUUCUGGCUAGAAGUGGCUAGGAGUAUCACUACUCCCCCCUGGAUGGGAUGGCGGUCCAUCCCAUCCAGGGGGUGUCCCUGACAGUUCGCCGGUGCCAGUUUAUGCCACCAGGUGGAGAGAGCCUUCGUGAAAGCUAGGUAAUCUUCCCUAGGAAGCAACUUAAUGAUUCGCGGCCAGUUUCUGAAUUAUGAAGUGACUAAGUAUUGCUACUCCCCUGUGGAUGGGAUACCAGUCCAUCGCCAGGUUAACCCCGAGCAUUUCAUCAGGCUUCCCUGACGGUUCACUGGUACUUAUUUGUACUCCUGGGUAUGGCGCGGCCUGGUCUCGAACCCAGACUUCCCGACCGGUAGUCAAGCGCACUGACUAGAGGCCACCGCCUCUCUCAGACUCCCACCCAACAAGAUAACUAUUUUGUUACACUGUGAUGACGUUAAAUUCGUGAUAUUUAUCGUGAACGAUUUAUACAUCAGUAACCUCCAGCAUGUCAAAAAUGUUUUCAUUCUACAGAUCGUAUGGUUCGAUUCUUUUUGUGUUUUUCAUUAAUACAAAACACUAAUUGUAUAAUGGAUACCAAGAUUCCUGCUGGUGCCAUUACUUCAAUUAACGGAAUGAGAGUAGUGACCAUGUGGUGGAUUAUCUUGGGACAUUGUUAUUCAACGUUGUUUGUGGCACCAAUAGGUAAGUAUUAGUCCUCUCGCCAUUAAUUCCAUGGGCGGAACUCUACGCGCAAUGUGAUUGGUCGCUGCCCGUAAGCUAAGAAAGAACACACACGCGACUGCCUCAACACAAAUCAUUUUUUCGUUGCUUUUUUUCCAAAAUGGCACCCAGAUUUGAUGUGAAUGUAAUCCAACAGGCGAAGGCUUAGGGAAAGAUUAAGGUUCUUGUGCCAUUUGAGUUUCUCUCACCACAUCUUAGAGUCAUUUAUACCAUACAGACUAACCGUACAUUGAUCAACUUCUCACUAGAGUUACCCCUACAACUUACCACGAUUAGGGACUGAACAUUCGUCGCCUGGUGUGUGAAGGGGGGGGGGCCGGCGGCGCAUGACAUUUACCUGAUCGCCCCCUCCCCCAGACAAUGAGCUUAUAACGGUUGAGUAAUUGCCACUUCUUGUUGCGCAGCAUUAUGUUUUUUCUUUCUUUCUUAAGUUUUCACUUCUGCUGCAUUUUAAUUUGUUAUGAAAGCAAUCAUAAAAAGUACUUUUCUAGAUAUUUCUCUUAAAAUCAAAUUGAUUAAUUAAUGAAGAGAUGAAUAAUAGAUGGAUAACCAGUUCAAUUUAGCAGUGGUAAACCCAUCCAGUGGUUGAUCGUCCACUGAUUCGAAAACCAUUAGAAGAUUCAACGAACACGUGACACUAGGUCCAGGAAUCGAACCCAAGCCACAUCAGACGCUUGACGUCUCAUCACAUACCACAUCCCAGUAUUUCAUCUCUCACUCUCUCAACUUCUUCUCCUCCAUAAGAAGUCUUCUUGCAGGAUACGAGCCUUGUUACUGAAUGAAUGGGUUCAUGGUAGCUGUACAGAAUCUCAGUCAUUGCAUGCUCUGAAUUACCUCCUACUAUUGUUAUUUUUAUAGGUAAUGUGAACUCACUUAAGCGAACUUCUCAACGUUUCACUUUUCAACUGAUCAGGAAUGGAACUCUUUCAACUGACACCUUCUUCUUCCUAAGGUAAGCAUUGUAUGUUAUGAACUUCCGAUUCCCUGUAGUCUUGGAAGACAACGGAUUUGCCGUCCAUUGUCGCUCUUUCUGUAGGUGACAAAAAAAGUACAGAAAAAUUUAAAAUAAAAACCGAACACGACUACGACAUUUUUUCGUUUCCAUGUUUCCUCUCUCUUCACGGAAUUGAAGAGCAGAAUCAGUCAAACUCUCCUAUUCGAUUUUCUGUCAUUGGUUGUCACAGCAACUCGAAAAUUUUGUGGCUUCUUCAUAAUUUUCUAUACCGGCAUUUGAAUCUGAAGAACUUGAAGAAUGUCAAUAUGAACUCGAUAUACAUGGGUUGAACGAUGAAAUCAGUGGCCCACUAAUAUAUGAUGCAUCGCGUAACGGACGACUAGCCGUAUCACGAAAUAUCAUUUUACUUCACAAAACCCAUCUGGAGGUAUUCUUAAAGUUGAAAAGCGCUGGGUGACGACUUGAAGUAGUUUCAUUAUGCUUGUAUCCCUUGAGUAUUUUUAAAAGUACAGAUGUUAUGCUGAAAUCUAGCAAUGUUAUAAUUAUGUGUUAUGAACUUAUCAAAGGGUCUAUAAAAAGAACCAUACUGAUUUUAUCCUGGUUAGAUUUACCGAUAUUGUGAACAAGUAAAAUGGUGUGUCUGCCGAGGUAAAGACACAGCGGUUGUGACAUUGUGAGGCAAAUGAUUGUACCUCAUUAUAACGUUACGCGCUACGACGAAUAGCCACAACCGCUACCCGUUAUAAGAGUUCAAAGGCUAAAUUUCAGUGAUUUUGUUUUGUCAUCUGCAGUGGACUCUUAGUUUCUUAUUUGUCACUUCGUCGCAUGAUCAAAAACGAGGGGAAGUUGCCGCUCCUUUUCUUCUAUUUUCAUCGCAUUUGGAGGUAGGUUUCUCCUACAUCCCUCUUCUACCAUUUAGAUACAUUGCGUUUUAAUUUCAACGUAUCCAAGUCAUACAUGGUCAAAUUAAGUUAACCCUUGUUAUGUACAAGAUACUGUUCCGAAGAGGCUAACCGGUUAAUUAGAGAUAAGGGGCGGUCAUUAUCUAUGGGGGGGGGGGGGGGGGCGAGGGUUUUGGUUGUGUCACAAUAAAAUUUACCUGAUCCCCGCCUUCUAAGGAUCCCCUUUCAUUGGCAGUCAGUUUUCUGUAUUCCCUCUUUAUCCUUAUUGAUUCUUCCCCCCGAAAAAAGUCCUCCGACUCCCCCUGGUGAUGAAUAAUGACUUGUCCCUUGGCUACUAAAUUCCAGGAAACGUACAAAUUUUACAAUUUUCCAAGAAAAAAGAUACAAUCACUUUUUAACGACGGAGCAUCGACAAAAUCGAUUGUAAAUGUGAGUAAAUAGACAUUUCAGCACUAUUUCCGUCAUCAUGCCAUGUAAAGUAAAUGUUAAGGUUCUAUAUUUAGUCUUCUCGAAAGAUAUUCAGUGAAUUGGCCACAGUAAAGAAUUUCAUUGCUGACGAUUCGAGCCUUAGCUUUUCGUCAGAGCGACAAAGGGCUGACACUCAAAAGACUCUUCAGCUUUUGAAUUCUCUACGGUGGCCAACUUUCGUUAUCAACUCAGUUGGUAAUACCAAGUUACCUUCUCAUACUCUCCCACCGACGCAGCAGCGCAGUUUCUUAAAAAACUUCCCCCUCCUCCCUGAUAUUCAGUCAUGUGCUUAUAAUCUUUCACGCAGGUUGACUCCAACCUACAUGUUUGUGUUGCUUUUUUACGUUAAAAUAAGUGAAUUUCUCGGCGAGGGUCCUGGAUGGUUUGUAGUACAAGGAAAAUCACUUUGUAACAAUUACUGGUGGACAAAUCUUCUCUACAUCAACAACUUCUAUCCCAAACCAAAAAUUGAUGGUGCGGUGAGACAUCUUAUAUGUAACUUUAAGUAAAAACAUCUUUGUUGUGCUGAGCUGCACCAGUUGUCUACUCUUUGCGAAAUAAAGGUGAGAGAUUCAAUUUUGAUGAGAACAUGAUAAAUCAAAAAGUGUCAUUUAGAAUCUGUGGAUAAGUUUUUAAUAUAAUCAGUUGGUAGAUGCGCUGGACUCUGGGUCGAGAUCGCCAGAUCAAUGUGUUGUGCAGUUCUUAGGGAAAACGAUUGACUCUCACAGUGCCUUUUUUCUACCCAGGAGUUUUGCACUCUAAAAAAGGGUAAAAAAGGCUUAAAGGCUGAACAAUCAGGGAAGCCUUUGAAAUACUAAGGGGGUAGUCUAGCGAUGGAAUAGCUUCCCAUCCAUGGUAAAAAAAACCGGGAUAAACUCCGCUGGGUAGACCAAUAAGCUGGAGUACAAGCUUUACCUUUACCUUUCUUAAAAACUCUGGAUAAAUUUUGUGUAACGUUACACUGUGUUUUGUUUUUCCUCUGCAGUGUAUGAUGUGGUCAUGGUACCUGGCCAAUGACAUGCAGUUUUACACCAUUGCCCCUGUGAUCUUGUUCAUAGCCUACUGGUACGAGCUGAUGAUCCAACACAAUCCAUCGAUGGAACUUUCACGAUAAUUUUUAUGUUUUAUUCUUUCCCUCUGGCUUGAAUAUUUUUUCCUCCUAUUACUUCUAGUGACUAAUGAACAGUUGUUGUCUGCAACUUAGUGAUUCCAAGUAAAUAGAUCGACAAUAGCCGCCAUUCGGCGCGAAAAUAUGCGAAGAGGGACGCUCGAGGAAAACUGUGAGCUUCAAGGAACAGAUAAUGUCCAAGAAAAACAACUGUAAAAUACCUUUCUAAAAUUGAUUUCAUGACAAUUUGCAGUCGAGAUUUUUUACUUUUAAGGAGUAGUUUUAUGAUUUUAUAAACGACUUCAAAGUCAGUCAAAUGCAUUUGGUCUUUGCCUUAUAGUAUUCUUGCGUGUAACUUUGCCGCAGACGCAUGAAGCUAAAACUGUGGAUAGUAAGGCCAGCGGUUGUUCCACAUCUUCCAUCGCAUUCGUUUAAGCAAAGGAUACGGAAACUCCACUAAAUUUGGUGUUCUUAGCGAGCACAGUCUAUCACUAUUUACCUCUAUUCCAAAGCUUAAGCCGAUUUAAUAUUAGAUUCUUUUUUCUAAAUUUUAGGCUGCGCCUUCGAGGACUUCUUGCAAUUGUUGCUGUCUUGUCAUUUGCCAGUUUUGCAAUCACAGGAACGCUUUAUUCUUCUCAUGAUCUUACAGAGUAAGAAUCUUCUCUUUGCUUUAUAUUUAGCACUUUGUCAAGGUUAUUCAUUCCAUGAAUAUGGCUGAGCGGUACUUGGACACCCGUCAUUAUUUAAUAGCCUGGGGGAGGGAGGGGUGUGGGGGAUUUUUUGGGAAAAUCACAUAGUUUUCCAUGGGGAAAUGAGGAAGAUUGGCCGUCGUAAACAUAGUAUAAAGGGGAAAAAUUGACUUCCAUUUAACUGCCAUUGAGUGGGAAUAAUAAAUCUUAUCGAGGGAUCUGGUAAAGUUUAUCGUAUCAAAACCAAAUCCUCCGAUCGUGUCCCCCUCCCUUAGGCGAUAAAUAAUGAUCGGUCCCUUAAUAAUAUAUUUUCUAUUUCUGAUGCAGUGAUGACUUUGCUCUCGUCUACACCAAGCCUUACUGUCGUAUCGCGUCAUACCUUGUUGGUAUGGUGUUGGGCUACUUUUUUCAUCACACAAAGGACUACAGGCUUCCCACAAAGGUGAUGCAGUCAUUAUGGUAUAAUUGUUCUCCUUUUUAGCAGACGCUGAAAGAAGAAAUAAUAUACUUUUUUAUUGAGUGUCAGAAAACCAAAACCGACGUAAUCACAAAAAGGCGGCAAAUUAGCGAGAAGUCGGAGUGUACAGCUGACCCAAUGCAAGACGCUCAUGACGCACUAUGUAAAAGAACAAGAAGUACGUUGCCUUAAGCGCAGAAAAACGCCAGUGAUCAAGUUAAGCAAAGCCAAGCAUUAUUUAUUUUUUCGUGGCUUUCUAUGUUGAUAUUUUCGUUAGGGGAUGAACGAAGCUGCCUUGGUUAAGGACCAACACUUAUCGACAUUCUAAUCCUAGAAGUAUGCAGGAAGUUUGUCAUUAUGGACUUAGUUUCAUGGCCAAAGCCCACCACGAGUUGUCACUCGUUCUUCACUGAUUCUCGCCAAUUUUUGUUAUCGACUUUUGUUUAGUCACAAGAUCAAUAUUUUUGCGUCGAAAUUCAGUUGUACACUGUGGGUAUUCAUGAAUCCUUGUAAUGAUGACUGUUUCUUUUUCCCUAUCAAGGUCAAAAAAUACGUGUUUAAUGUGACUGGCUGGUGUCUGGCUAUCGUUCUCGCCGUCUCCUCUCUAUAUGGCAAGUACAAGACUGUAAGAGAGCACAAUCCUCACCCUUUCUCUCCCACCCAAGAAAUCGCAUACGGGAUCUUAAAACGUUUUGCAUGGAGCCUGGCUAUAGCCUGGGUGAUUUUCGCAUGUCAAAGUGGGCUCGGAGGUAAGUCAACAAGUUAACGUUUUUAGUCAGACACACGCACAUGGCUAUAGAUAAUGACUGUAAUACCUUUUCUUGAUUUUCUUUUUUUUAACUCUUAAGGUUUGGUGAACAGGAUUUUGUCCGCUCGCUUCUGGAUUCCCUUGAGUCGUUUAACUUACUGUGCCUAUCUUGUUCACAUAAUCGUUCUUCUGAAUCUGUACGCGCGAUAUGAGUCUGUUUGGUUCUACUCCGAUGCUUAUAUGGUGAGUAGCAUUCUUCCAAAUUUUCUCCUACAUUUCAUCCUAAUAGAAAAUCUUCCACAGCAAUAAUUCAUUCAGUGUUGUGAUGGCUUUGCUUAGUGUUCUAUCAUCGAAACGUUAGCCUCCAUUUGCGCAGAUAUUUGUUCGCGGGAAUUAUCUGUUCCGAGAAGCGAACAGUUUUCCGACAACGAAGCUCGAGGAAAGCUGCGAGUUUAUUUCGUUGGAUGUUUACUUUUCAGUGUUUUCUGAUACGACUUUAUGAACUAGCAAAAGUGUCCUUUCUUUUGUACCAACAGUAAAAUACUCUCUCGAAGACUUUUAUCGUAUUGAACGUUAAGUUAAGACAUUGGGGAAUGUCGGUUGAGUAAUAUCAUCGGAUAUCCCCUUGUUUCAGCUGGGGUAUAUUCGGUUUUGUGACGCGUUUAGACCAAUCAUGUGGGAGCAGUACUAUUUGAUGGAUUAUAAAAUGCAUUAACUCGAUCGUUAAUCUGAAAUGAACACGACUGAACAUUAUUUCCUAUCCUUUAUGACUUUAAUUCCUGCGGAAACCCGAUCCAAUUUGUAUAAUGUAUGUUGAAGAAAAAAAAACUAUGUUCUAUAGAUUCUACGAGCGCCCUGAUUUGUGAAAAACCCGUCGUUUAUUGCCCAGUAAACCCAUGCAUUUAGUUUGUAAAUCACUCGUUUCCGGACCGUGAUUUACAAACCUUUCUCGUGUUCUCCCAACAUCCUGCGUGUGUUAUCAGACUGGUAACACCGAUAGAAAGUGUGGUCCAUAGUUAUAGCUCAGUCUAAUAGCAAAUAAGAUUUGGGAAAAUGACACCAAUGUGAAUUGAAUCUUAUUCGGCUCUUUUAUCCGAAACCAGCCUUAAGGUGAUUUCUUGUUUCCAUAAUUGUAUUUUCGCAGGUCUUUCGCUACGUUGGCAUCGUUGGCAUCUCAUACGGAGUAGCCUUCAUCGUGUCUGUUUGCGUGGAAUUUCCCACGAUGCAACUGGAGAAACUUAUAUUUAGGAGUAAAAGUUAAAAAUUCACGCCAUGUUAGUUUCAACAAUGUGUACUCGUUACUUACCAGUGACUUCAUUGAUGAUGCUACAAGCUGACCUCUCUAUAAGGAUGAUACUGCUCUGUUUGCAUAUUUCGUAGGACUGGCUCAGACGAGAAAUUGAUAAAUACCCGAUAAAAAAAAUUGAUAUUUGGGUCCUUAAGCAGAUAGGAUGGCAACGCCAAGGACGAUGUCCAUUAAGAAAUGAAUUUAUAUUUUUAAUCAUAAUUUUUGAAAAUGGCUGCAUGGGUUUACCGUCUUUCACGGCGCCACACCUCAACCUCAGCAAAACGUAUGUAGACAACGUUGAGAUCCAAAUGGAAAAUAAAUAUUGUCCGCGGUUUCCGUUCGCAGACGGCGCAAAUUUCGGUGAUUUCACGUUGUUGUUUUGCAGAGGACGGCUAAGAAAUAUAUGUAUUUUAAGACGCAUGUGCUGAGCUGUUUUUCUGUCCAUUAUAUCUUUUGUUUUGUCAUGUUCUCGUUGCCGUCGCCGUCUAGGUUUGCUUAAGGUCCCUGGUGUGUAUAUCUACAGAACGCGUUACAAUUUUUGCGAUAUUUUUCCACCCUACACUUGACGGGGGCUGUCUGCAGGGUGAAAAGGUCUUACUUUCAGCUGCAAAAACGUCAAGUUAGGUAAUUUUUUCAAUAAAAUAAGGCUCAGAAAAUUUCUUUUCGAGGUAGAAUUUUUAGGCGUAUGACAUGGCUUUCCUGGGGAACAUCGUAUGACAUAAUGUCUGUCAAAGGCCAUGAAAUGAUGAAAUCUCGAUGACACUUGAAGGAUCAACAAACAUGUCACGUCAUUAUGAACUUACAGGCAAGACAAACGACCUAAAGCACUAUUCAUAUCGUAUUUCAACGACCCGUGCCUCAUAGAUACCAGUAAGGCGCUUCACUUUUAAAAUAGCCGUAUUUUGAGCAUUUUCGCUUGAAAAGCAUAGUCCUUCUUUCCACUUCUAAUGUCUCCUUCAAUGUAUGUGCACAUUGAAGAUACAUAUGUAUAAUCUUAGCGUUUCUGAAACUUAGAAAAGUUAGUUUUACGAAGCCUGGUAGACCAAUUUUGGCCCAUUUGGAAGAGUUUGUUGGGAAUCAUUCUACCAGAUGUGAUGUUGGUAACGCAUUUAUGCUUUGAAACUCACUCUUAAAACUGAAGCGUCUCAAACUGAAUAAUACUAUUCGACAAAGUACUAUAAAUGGAAAGAAAUACAGUAGUUUUCCUCUUUUCUUCGAGCUCCUAGUUACUCAAAUUCCCGUUUAGCUGAUCUCGGUUUCUAGAUUUCCCUUGAGGGCACGUGUUUUCAGGAGUGUGGACUGGGGUAAUAACUUGAUUAGUUGUGUUGUUAAUAUCGGAAAUCCACUGUUAAGAUGAGGCAGACAGAUAUAAAUAUCGCAUGAUCUGUUGUCAGCGAUUGUUUGUCAUGUAAUUAAAAGGAUAAGCUGAAAAAUGAUUGAGUAUCUUUGAUCAAAUUUCAAAAACAAAGCAAAAAGCCGUG